UAUACCAGUCUAAUAUAAUGUUUCCCGGCAAUUCGGCCAAUUCGAUGACAAGCAGGGAACAAGCCUAGGGAGAAAAAACAACAGCAUGGCUGACUUCAGAGAUGAAUUAAUUAAACUGACUAAUCCUGCACCAAUUUUCAAAGAUCCGGAGGAUUUUUCAGAUGACGACACUGCUGCCAAGUUGACAAUCCAAGAUGAGAAACAUAGCCUAGUCGAGAGUCAUAUCAGCAGGUUGCGACAGAAAACAGCCAUUAUCUUGAGCGAAACUGACAACAGAUAUGCAGGAAAGCAAACUUCUAGAAAACACCUGGACAGUGAAGAUGGAAGUGUUGAUGAUAUGGACUAUCAGGACGAUAUGGAUGAAGAUAGCGAUAAUGAAGAUGAGGAAGAGGAUGGGGGCAGUGAUGAAUCAUCAAAUAUUGAUGAUGAAGAUAUGUCAAGUUUUAGCAAAAAAAUAAGCUCCAUCAGCAAAAGUGAAUUGACGUUUGUUGAUGAUGGGGAUUACAGCAAGUAUGCUGAUGACGAUGAAAGUAUGGAUGAUGAUGAUGAAAGUUUGGAUGAUGAUGAGGAGGAGACAGAGGAGUUAGAUGAUGAUGAAGAGGAGGAGGAUGGUGAUGUUGAUGAGGAUAAGGAGGACAGUGAAUUCAUAAGCACUGGUGAGGAUGCUGCAGACGAUGGUAUUCAGAAGUUCUCCAGUGCUGCAGGAGAUGAUGUUGCUAAGGGACAGGCUGCCAGGCAACAGUUAGGUUUAUGGGACAGCCUGUUGGAAGGCAGGAUCAAGCUUCAGAAGGCUGUGUCUCUGAUCAACCAGCUCCCACAGACAGACGUGUGGGAGGGCUACGUCAAGUCAUCAACAGAGUUCACAACUGAGGCCAGCAAAACCCAGAAAGUGUUUUCUCACCUGCUGGAGAGUCUGAUCUACCUACAGGACCUGCUUCUGGCCCAGAACAGGGAGACACAAGCACUGGUGAACAGCGGCCAGGCACAGGGGGUGGCAACUCAGAGGAAUGCAAAGACAGCUGAUGUUGGCGCUGUUGCUGCUGUUGAUGAUGAGGAGAUCCCCAGUGACUCUGACGGGGAGAUGGCUGCAGAGGCCAACCCCAGGCCCCCUGUGAGGCUGGGCAAGAGGAAGCUCACCCUUGGCGAGUACCCUGUGGCCUUGAAGAAGCACCAUCAAGCCUUCACAUCAUACAGAAACCAGACAAUACAGAAGUGGUAUGACAAGACCCGACUGGCGUCCGGAAAGGUCAAGGGCAAGUCAUUCAGCUCCUUCGAUCAGUCUGCGCUGGCACAAAUCAAUCAGAUCUUGGGUGACAAGGAGCGUCUGGUUCGGAGGUCCCAGAUGAAAAGGUCUGUGUAUCGGGUGCUGGGCAAGGCCCCUAAACCAGACCAGGCAGAGCAGGUACCCUCAGAGGAGUUGGCGGAGCAACCUGAUGUUUCCAAUGACAACUUGAAGGAUUAUGAUGCUGAAGUUUUUGAUGAUGACGAUUUCUACCACCAGAUGUUGCGUGAACUUAUUGAGAAAAAGACAUCAGAUGUUAAUGAUCCAGUCGCUUUAAGCAGACAAUGGCUGGAGAUCCAGAAGUUGCGCUCAAAGAACAAGAAAAAAGUGGAUACAAAAGCAAGCAAGGGUCGCAAAGUCAGGUAUAAUGUGCACAAAAAGCUGGUAAACUUCAUGGCACCCAUAGACAACUGUGAAUGGACGCAGGAGGCCAGAGAUGACCUGUUCAAGUCUCUGUUUGGCUCAAGAUUCACCAAUUCUAAUGGCGUCUGAUACGGUGUUGUUUUAUCUUCUGAAAUGUUAUUACUGAAAAAUAAAUGGUUUAUUAAUCUU